GUACUUUAGCUGGGGUGGCAAUGUGCCGAAGUGCGUUGGGAUGACGUACCUCUGCGGCAAGGACCGCUGGGGCAUCUCGCCGAGGAGUGGCCCAGGCAGGGCUGCCGCGGCGUGGCUGGCAAUCGGCAAAGGAGUUGUGUUCGCCGCAGUGCGCCUGUGGACGGCGGAGGGCAUGACAGAUCGGAGCGCGCAGCUUACCGCGAAGGUGAUUGAGGAGCUGCAGGGCGUAGGCGACGGUGGUUACGGCCAAUGCAGAGUGUGGUACGUGUCGGCGCGCGUUAGCAGAGAGAUCGACUGCUUCCUGGCGGCGGGCUCCGUGGCGGCGCAGGUCCAGGACAUCGUUGUUCAGAAGGAGUGGCCGGCUGCGCCGCACAAGCCCGUGGGGGUCGCGAUCGAGCUGAAGGUGGUCGAGCGAAUGGUCAGAGUGCUGGAGAAGCCACAGGCGCUGCCUGACGCGCAGAGUGGGUGCGCGCCAGCGCCGCCGCGAUACGAGGAUGUGAAGCAGUUCCGCGCGCAGGAGGAGGCGGGCCAGGAGCGGGCCAAGUACAUGCGCGUGCUCGAGAAGGAGGCGUUUCAGGUGCGUGGCAUGCGCUGGGGCCAGAGCGAUCCGCGCGCUGGAAGGACAGAAGAGCCGAAGUGGCGCGUGAAGCCGCUGAACUUCGGCCUGCAGGGGGCGCACCAGAGGUGCCGCAACGAGAAGGAGUAUGUGCAAAUCCAGAAUCGAAGGCGUGAGACCGCGGAGCUGGAGAAACUAUUCAGGACGAGGCCCAAACGCAUGAAGCACAUCGGCCUGGGGGAUCAGGGCACAUUGCAGGCCAGGUGCGACCUGAUCGCCGCGGGCCAGCUGAGGGGCGAACGCCAGGAGGCGAUGCUCCAAAGCUGGGCGCAGGAGGCAGAGCGCAGGAUGAAGGAGGUAGACAAGCAGCUCACGAGGGACAGGGCGGCAAAGUGGGCCGACAAGCUGGAGAUCGCGGCGGCAGGAACUACAGGAGGGCUACGCAUGCUGAGCAAGGCGGCGGUAGUCUUGGGGCCCGGGCGAGCGGACGCCGCGGAGAAGGCGACGGACCCCAUGAAGACGGCGGAGUUCACGUUGGAGGAGUGGACGGUCGUCUGGAGGGUUAACGAGGCGCUGCAGGAAGCGCCGAGGCCGUGGGGGCAGGAGGCCUGGGAAGAGCUAAACGACUACACGGAGGACGACGUCGGCCAGCUGAAGGAGGUCGCGCGCACAUUCAGGAAACGCACGGGGAUAGGAGUGGAUCGGUGGCUUCCCUCUAUGCUGCAGGGCGCGAGCGACGAGGCUUACCGCAAGCUGCUGGACUUCCUGAGGCAGGUGGAGCGCACGGUGCUCUGGCCGACUCACAUGGCGACGGUGUUGUUCUUCAUCAUACCGGAGACAUUCACGUCCGACAGGGUGAUAGGGCUGGUGCUGACAACCGUGCGAGUAUUGGAAGUCACGCGGGCAGUCUACAUGAACAAGUGGGCAAAGAGGAACCAGCGCAGUUGGGGCUGCGCUAGCUAUGGCAAGGUGGCGGGUGACGCAGCUUGGGGCGCCCUGCCCAGUUGCGAGAUGGACGAUCCUGACAACCAGAGUGAGGAGUUGGAGGCCAUGAUCACAGCCGUGCAGGACUUGGUGAAGGCUUUCGAGAAGGUUAGCUUGCACGUGCUGUGGGGGGCGGGAAAGCAGCUCAACUUCAACGCGGGAGUGUUGGCGGUGGCGUGCUCGUAUUUCGCAUUGGCGAGGAGGCUGAUCGCGGGGGACUCCGCGUCCUGCGAGACGAGCGCGGUGGCGACCAUCAUCGCGGGCAGCAAGUUCCCGGUGUGCUUCCAGAAGAUGGUCAUCCAGUCUACGGCGAUAGCGAAGGACAUGGGGAAGAGAGGGCUUCCAGUGGUGCGAGCGUGUCCGUACGUCGGAGCGGACCUGGUCAUGCACGGCACGGCGGCGAAGUCAGCCAGCGGCAAGAGGUGCAAGGGCAUGCUGAGCAGGGGUCGUAGGUUGGCCAAUCUCAAGGGCGGCGGUCGUGAGAUGGCGAAGGGUACGGCGUUGGUGUUUAAGCGAGGCCUGAAGUGGCCCACCUACGAGGCCACGGAGGCGCCCAUCGUCCGCUUGGCCCGCGAGGUCUGGCGCACGGCGCAGCGCGACGGGGGGCGCCAUCAGCGGGACCACGUCGAGAGCACGAUGCUCAAGGCGUGGCGGAGGCAGCAGCAGGAGGUGGGCAUGAGGCCGAUGUGGGCCAGAGCGCGUGGGCCAGCUGGGGCGGUCAUCAUGUCUUUGCGGCGCGCGGGGUGGUCGUGGCCAGCAUGGCGCGCAGUCAUCGCGGAGGGCGGUCGCGAGAUGGACAUGCGCGAGAUCUGCCCCGUGGAUGUUGCGGCGAUGCUCAGACAGGAUGUGCAGCAACUGGUGUGGGGGGCCUGGGCCAAGCCAGAGGAGUGCGAGAGUCUGCGGCCUGCGCCGCUCGCGGCCCCCGCGGUUGCGCAGCUGCAGGCGAGGGGCUUUCCGAAGCGCGCUAAGAACGCAGCGAAGAAGGCUUUCGCGGGCGGGAGCUGGGCGAUGAGCAAGUUGUGCCAGUGCGAUAUCGCGCCGACGGACAUCUGCAUGGCGUGCGGCAUGGCUGUGGGCACCCCGCGCCACAGGUACAACAAGGGCCCAGCGCUGCGUGAACAGAGGCUGCAAUGGCAGCCAGAGUGGCAGACGGUUGCGGAGCAGCAGGAGGACAGCCUGUUGUGGACGAGAGGGCUUGUGCGAGAUCCAGAAGUGGAUUGGACUUUCGUAGGGGUCGACGAGGGUCAGCGCAUGCACCUGGCACUAGAAGGGGGCGGGGACUACUUCGAGGGUGACAUCGUGUGCGGCGGGUCCAUGCUCGGCUGCAGUGGAUGGGCGCAGACGGGCUGGGCGGCCAUGUCGAUUGACGAGUAUGGCAAGCCGAGGUACCAGAUGUGGGGGCCAUUGCCGUGCGCGCUACCAGUGCACAGGAAGGUUAAGCGCGCGGAGUGGGCCUUCUACAAGGCGCUGAAGCAUAAGUUGGGCAUCGGCAGGAUCUACGCGGACCACGAGGGCACGAGGGCAUCGUGGGCGGCUUGCAGAAGGGCGAGCGCUGGUGUCUCAGCUGGAAGAGGCCGCGUGCGGAUGACCGGGAGAGCAUCUGGCACAAUGUCAGCGAUGUGGGACCCAAACGUCAACGGGGUCUACCAUGUGAAGGCGCACGGGUCCAAGGCGAGGGCCGAGCUGCUUGAGGCAAGCGAGAGGAGGAUUGCGAAGGGCAGCGCUGAGGUAGACUUGUUGGCACAGGCAGGAGCGGAGCUGGAUGCGUAUUGCGGGAAGCACCAGGCGAUAGAAGACCAGGCGCGCAGAGUGCGUAG